CGAAAUCUAAAUGACCUUCUGGGUGCAACCCUGCGGGUGGGACCCCGUGGAGUGGAACCCUAUGGACUGAACCUUGCGGGUGGGGCCCGUGGGGGGGUACCCUGCGGGUGUGACCUUGUCGCUUGUCCGUAGCUUCUGGCCGGAAGCCUCCACCGGCUCAGGGUGCCCACGCUCUGGCGCCCCGAAGUUUCGGGCGCUGGCCAACGAUGGCUCCCUCGGCGCAGCCGCCAGCAAACAAGGCCUCGCGGCCAAAGGUUGGCGUGGGCGUCUUUGUCACCUCGGCGGAGCACCCAGGGUGCGUGCUGCUUGGCAGGCGCCGAGGCUCGGCGGGUUCUGGGACCUGGGCGCUGCCGGGCGGGCACCAGGAGGCGCAGGAGACCUGGCAGCAGGCGGCCGAGCGUGAGGUGUGGGAGGAGGCGGCGCUGAGGCUGCGGGACGUUCGCGUGGCCACCGUUAUCAACUCGAUGGACCCGGCCUCCGGCUACCACUAUUGCGUCGUCUUCAUGAGCGCUGCCGCGCGGGGCGAGCCGGUGAACGCUGAGCCGGACAAGUGCGAUGGGUGGUCGUGGCACCCGUGGGAUGACCCCCUCCCUGAGCCCGUCUUCAAGACGCUGUCGGACCUGCGCUCGAGCGGCUUCAACCCGUUCACAGACUGCGGCACGGUGCUGGGCGAGGAACCCUUGCCACCGUACUGCUGCGCCAUCCUCGCCACCGAGGCUCCCUCGUGCGGCGCCGGGCCGUCGCUGCUGCUGGAGCACCGGUCGCAGAGCGCCGAGGUGGCGGCCGGCCAGCUCACGUGUUUCGGCGGCAAGCGCGAGCCGGGCGAGGCGCCGCUGGACUGUGUGCGGCGCGAGUGCCGGGAGGAGCUCGGUUGGGAGGCGGGGUCGCUGACGAGAGUCGUCGACCUGUACUCGGAGAAGGGGAGCUGGUCGCGUGGUUCUUCCUGGGCGCCGCGCCCCCCGAGGGCGCGCCGCUCACGUUCGAGGAGGGGCGCGGGGGCGCGUGGCGGCCGCUGGGGGCGCUGCUCGACGGUGGGGGCGCCGGCGCCCCCGCCGAGCUGUCGCCCUGGCACGCCUGCGCCCUGCACGCCUGGAGGCGCGGCGCGAGGCGGGCGGACUUCGCCGGGCGGCGAGGUCUGCACGUGCC